UGCUGGGGGGCAGGGGGCGGCGGCGGCGGCGGCUGCGGGCGGGGCGGGGGAGAGUGGCCGCCGUUUGAUGGAUCCGAGGAUCGCCUGGUUUCAGCCAGAGCAGCUCGGACCCUCCAACAGUUUGUGGAUGCAGAUUUGGGAGACGACCCAGGGGCUGAGGAACCUCUACUUCAACCACCACUGUCACAGCAGCGCCACGAGCAGCAGCAGCAGCAGCGGGAGCAGCAGCAGCGGGAGCGGCACCAGCAGCAGCGGCAGCGGCAGCGGCACUAGCAGCAGCGGCAGCGGCAGCAGCAGCAGCGGCAGCGGCAGCAGCAGCAACACGGGAAGCCCCAGCGGCCCCGCCGCCGCCUCCGCCGCCGCCACCGCCGCCGCCCCAGCCGGCCCCGCCACGGCCCCCGCCGGCGGCAGCAGCAGCAGCGGCAGCGGCUCCCCAGCCGAGGGCAUGUACCGCCCCGGGGAGCGGCUCCUGGGCGGCCACGCACUGGCCUCCGAACAGCGGGACUUCCUGCCCUUAGAGACGACCAACAACAACAACAACCACCACCAGCCCGGGGCCUGGAGCCGGAGGGCCGGAGCCUCGGCUGCCGAGACCGCCGACCCUGCCGCCGGCAACAGCAACAAGAGGAAAAGGGACAACAAGGCCAGCACUUACGGACUCAACUACAGCCUGCUGAGCCCCAGCACGGCCCCGGCCUCCAGCGGCGGGGUCGGGGCAGGCGGAGGGGGCGGUGGUAGGUUGGCUGGAACAGCGGGAACUGGAGGGUUGUACAGUGGUACCCCUUGGAAGAGGAGGAACUACAACCAGGGAGUCGUGGGUCUUCAUGAAGAAAUCAGUGAUUUUUAUGAGUACAUGUCUCCUAGACCUGAGGAAGAAAAAAUGCGAAUGGAAGUGGUGAAUAGAAUAGAAAAUGUUAUUAAGGAACUUUGGCCCAGUGCUGAUGUCCAGAUAUUUGGAAGUUUUAAAACUGGAUUAUAUUUACCUACCAGUGACAUUGAUCUUGUGGUAUUUGGGAAAUGGGAGAAUUUACCCCUGUGGACCCUAGAAGAGGCUCUUCGAAAACAUAAGGUUGCAGAUGAGGAUUCUGUGAAAGUUCUUGACAAAGCCACUGUACCCAUUAUUAAGCUAACAGAUUCUUUCACUGAAGUAAAAGUUGAUAUCAGCUUUAAUGUACAGAAUGGAGUGAAAGCUGCCCAACUUAUCAAAGAUUUUACUAAGAAAUAUCCUGUAUUACCUUACCUGGUUUUAGUAUUGAAACAGUUCUUAUUACAGAGAGACCUUAAUGAAGUGUUCACAGGUGGAAUUGGUUCUUAUAGUCUCUUUUUAAUGGCAGUCAGUUUUCUUCAGCUGCAUCCACGGGAAGAUGCUUGUAUACCCAAUACCAACUAUGGUGUUCUCUUAAUAGAAUUUUUUGAGUUGUAUGGACGUCACUUCAAUUAUCUCAAGACUGGCAUCCGGAUAAAGGAUGGUGGUUCAUAUGUGGCCAAAGAUGAAGUGCAGAAAAAUAUGUUGGAUGGCUACCGGCCAUCAAUGCUGUAUAUUGAAGACCCCUUACAGCCAGGUAAUGAUGUUGGAAGGAGUUCAUAUGGUGCCAUGCAAGUGAAACAAGCUUUUGAUUAUGCAUAUGUUGUUUUGAGUCAUGCAGUAUCACCAAUAGCAAAAUACUAUCCCAACAACGAAACCGAAAGCAUAUUAGGUAGAAUAAUUAGAGUGACAGAUGAAGUGGCUACCUAUAGAGAUUGGAUAUCAAAGCAGUGGGGCUUGCAGAAUAGACCUGAACCUUCAUGCAAUGGAAACGGUGUUACCUUGAUAGUAGAUAAUCAGCAGUUAGAUAAGUGUAACAAUAAUCUAUCUGAAGAGAAUGAAUCCCUGGGAAAAUGUAGAAGUAAAACUUCGGAAUCUCUUAGUAAACACUCUUCAAACUCUUCAUCAGGUCCAGUGUCUUCCUCUUCUGCCACGCAGUCCAGUUCUAGUGAUGUUGAUUCUGAUGCAACACCAUGCAAAACAUCUAAGCAGCUGAUUUGCCGUCAGUCUACUGUGAACAGAGUGGGAUCACAAGAAGUAUCUUUGGAAUCCUCCCAAUCAGGAGGGAAAAUACAAAACAACCAAGCUCCUAAUUCAGCCAAUAGCACUAACAAAUCUCAGCAUGGAUCAGCAAGGUUAUUUCGUUCUUCCAGCAAAGGCUUCCAAGGUACAACUCAAACAAGCCAUGGCACCUUGAUGACAAACAAACAGCAUCAAGGCAAAUCAAAUAAUCAGUAUUACCAUGGCAAAAAGAGGAAACACAAGAGGGACGCAGCCCUUUCAGACCUUUGUAGAUAGUUACCAAUUUUAUGAUUGACUGUUCUUCUGUGUGCAAUGAUCUCAUGCUACAGGAUAGUUUGAUAGCCACUCCUGGGAUUCAUUCAGGAGCUUCAGACUGUUCAGACGUUGAUUAGCAACUGCAUUUUUUUCCCAGCUCGCCACGGAAUGGAUCAUGAAGACUGACAACUACAAAAACAAAAAGGAAAAAAAAAGGCUGCUCAUUUGAUAAGUCAUAUGCUAUACAACAGGGUCAUUUUAAGAUUUAAAAGCUUGAAUGUAAAAUAAAUAUAUAUCCCAUCAGCUUUAUGCUGAAUUGUAGGGGUAGUAUUCAGUGUGUGUAGGGGGUGGUGUAAACAAAAAACUAAAAGUUUAAAAGGAGAGGGGGGGAAGGAGAAAAAAUGUAUUUUGUGGGAAAACCAGAUUUAAAAGGUAAAAGUGAUUUGUGCAUGAUUUUUUUUAUUAUUUUUGCAUAUAUUUACCAUUUUAUUGUGUGUAUAUAUAGAAGACCAUAUUAUAGGAAAUUGACAUUUGUAAUAGUGGAUUUGUUAAUACUUUUUACAUAACAUUACUGUUUAAAUUGUAAACAGAAUUUUCUCAGGAUUAGUUUGAAAAAUAAUCUGAAUUGUCAUCUUAACAUCCAUAUGUAGGAACGUGAUUAGUUCUGUUAUUCAGAAUUUGUUUUCCUCAGAAUUGAAAUGAAUUAAUAGAAUAUUUGUGACCUGCUGCAAAAGUUUUUCCUCUAAAAAGAAAAGAUUUAUGGUGGCAAAUGAAGUUUAUUUUAUUUUGUAAAAUGUGUACUAUGUAUUUUUGUGUGAACACUGAAAAAACUAUAGUCAUCUCUGAUAAUUAAUGUGCAGCUGUUUUCUAUAGUGUCGUCCUCUUUGGCAAUGGGCAAUUACACUACUUUGUUUUUCUUUGCAGUCUUUUUUUUUCUUCCUAAAAAGGAAAAAAAAAGCCACCUGAAUGUUGUCCAUUCUUGUUGCAGUAAAAAAAACAAAACCUCAGCUUGAGUUCUACAAACAUUUGCAUGCCAGCUUCUUUAACCUUUGUGCUUGCGUGUACUUGUUUUUUUCAUUCUUCUUUUUAAAAUUCAUGCUAAACUUCUGUGGGAGAGAAUAACUGUUUAAGCUUUAAUGAAAUCAUACUUAUAAAACUAUUUUCUUAUACUCCACUUUAUGCUUUUGGUAUUGUUUAUCUUUAAAAAUUAAAUGGUCUUUGAUAAAGGACAUAUUUCGCAUUGCCUUAUUAAGACCAAACACUUCUUGUCACCCCAUUCUUUAUCCUGCCCUUUCACUGACUUGUUACCUUUAAUUAAAACUUUUUUAAACAUUGGCUUGUUUUAAUCAUACUGUAAAUUUAGGUUGUGGUCAAGUGAAUGCCAUAAGUGCAAAUGAGAUGUAAAAUUCUGUUAUUCACCACAUGUAGAGUUUGAAACUGAGUUGGGGAAAAUUGAACAUAAUAGAAUGUUAAAUGGCAUUUAUGAAAAUGCUUCUUUGGAAGGGAAAAGUGCUUCUAUAUUCAUCGUCACUGUGUAUGGCUCUAUUAAAUGAAGCCAUUCCUGAGAAUGAGGAUCUUUUAUAGGCAUAUAUAUGUAUACGUAUAUGUAUUCAUAUUACAUGUGUGCAUAUAUACACACAUAUACAUAUAUAUACACAUAUAUAUGUAAACUUUUAAAUUUUUCUUUUAUAUGCAGUUACAAAAUACUAGACCAACCAGACAGUAAUGGACACUAUUAGUGCAACAACUUUAAAAAUAAAAUAAUGCUAAAAUAUGACCAAAACCAAUGUCAUCACUGAAAUCAAUAUUUCAAUAUGUUAGUGUUUUGCUUCAAAAAGGAAAAAUACGUUCCCAAAAGAUGGAAACUCAUAACACUUACUUUGUAUAAACAGUAUAAGAGUUUUAAAUAUGAUGUUAAUUUGACAAUGUUUUAAAUUUUAGAUUCACAUUUUGUUCAGAUCAACUAAUUUUUAUCAACAAGAUGUUGAGCUUUUGUUAAUAGAAACUAGUUCAAGUCAUACCACAUUAUGCAUAAUCACAGUAUUUAUUUUGUUUUUUAGAUUAUUGUGAAUGUGUAGACUUUUGUUUGCUGCUUAGGGAGAAAUUAUUUAUAAAAUUAUAUAAUCCAGUAUUAGCUGCUAUUAGCAAAUUGUUUCCGAUAUAUAAAACUUGCAAAGAUCUGUGUUGCAUUGGCCACACUGAUUUUGUUGUUGUUGUUUUGUUUUUGUGUUAAAGAAUCACCCUCAUUGUUGAAAGCAAAUGUACUCUUAGGGUGCAGGUAUUAGUGUUUCAAUAAGCAUGUGAUUAUUUUAAGGUGGUGGUAGCGGGAAGAUAAUCUUGAUUCCAUUGGGAAUCUUAGGUUUGCCUCAAUUUAUGGUUUUCAUAAAUUUAUUGGAAAAAUCGCUUUUCCUGGACUGCUGAAGUUUCUUUUUGGUAAACAGUAUCUUUCUAAAAGACAAAAAAAAAAAGCAUGAAGGAAAAUUGAGGUGUGUGUUACAUUUCCUCAAAUGACCAGCAUUGUAUUCGUAAAUACUGUAUAUCUUGCAAAUCUUUAUUUAAAUAGGACAGUUGAACUGUUCAUUUUUCAAUCUGAAGUAAAAUACUUUCAAGAACUUUUAAUUUGCCUGCUCGUUUGUCUUGUACAUUUCAUCUCUGUAUUUGACUCCCGUCUAAUUCCUUUUGAGUUUUAAUAUUUUGUGCAGAUUUUGUGACUGAAAAAUAAAUGUUUCAUCUAAAUUAUUCAUCAGCAUCCCUGAAACAUUUUCCUUUGCAGUGUUGUAGAACUGGAUAUUUACAAAUUCCUGUUUAUGUCAAAGUUUAUUUUUGUUGGUUGUGUUUGUGCUUCAUAUGUGUCUAGCUGCUUUUAAAAUUUUAAUAGAAAUGAGAUAAUGGUUCUUUGAAGUGCUGAAGCAUCAAGAAUUAUAAAUAUAGAUUCUGGAUGAUUAUAUUUUGAUACUGCUUAAAGGCUGUUUAUACACUUGUAAAAAAUCAGUUAAAGUGUCAAUAUUUGCAAAGGAUGAAGAGACCAGGUGUUCUGCUUUGGAGAGAUCUAUCACAUUUUGUUUCUAUCAUAGAGGUUAGAGUUAUAAAACCUACUGGUUUUAUGUCUAGCUGUUUUCAACCCCCCCUCCCCCCAAAGGGUUAAAUGUCUAUUUGUGCCUCUUUGAUUUGCUUUCUAUUUGCUUGCUCCUCUUUGAGCUUGCUCCUGAGAUUUGGGCUGUCAUUUGCUAGCGUUCUACUUUUUCUCAACCAAGUCUUCACAGUUCAUCAGAGCAAAGCAUGGGCAAAAAAGACUUUCUUUUUUCUCUUUCCUUUGGGGUUUUUAAUCACAAUGGGUUUUCUUCCCUUCCCCUUCCCCCCCCCCCCCACUUCUCCCCACCAGCCCCACUAAUGGUAAGUGUUAUAAUUCCUUAACCUAUAAACUAGUGUUUGGGCUAUCAAAUUAAUGUGACCUGUAAAUAGCAGAACCAUAGUGCUGUGAUUUGUUCUUUGCAAGAGCCUUUAUAACUAGGAUGACCAGGGUAAUUUUAUUGAUGUUGUGUUGAAAUGUUCAGAAACCAUCAUUAAUAGAUUUCUAUACGUUUUGUUGGAAGUUUUGUUAUUUAUGAUGAUAUCUUGUUAAUUGUUUUCAAUUUGAUCCACAGUUGGAAAUUUAUGGUUGCCUUCAGUUAUAGCAUGCUAUCGAUUUUUAAAAUCACUGAUAUUAACAAAUAAGGCGGAAAUUCAGUUACUAACUAGGGAUUGUUCCUAGGGAAAUGGAUAUUUCUGAACUUAAUUUUAGAAAAUGAAUGGCAAACUUUUUCUUUAAAUAAUUUCAAAUUUCCAAACUGAUAAAUAAUAAAAAUGGUUAAAGCAACAACCAGUAAAACUUGCUAUUUCCUCUCAUUGAUCAGCUCUGUAAACUGCGUAUGAGUGGAAAAGCAGUGUUUUCUUUAUUUAUUUAUAUAACAAAUACUCUGUUAGCCAUGAUUUUAUGAAUGGCUGGUGCAAGUUUGAGUAGGAAAAAGUCAAAUUAAAUUUUUGCAUUGCAGUUUUUGUCAGUGAAGUAAUUGAUUUAAUGAAAUAUUUCAAUAAUAAUGUAGCAUAAAUAUCAAAACAAAUAUUUGUAUGAUAAGUGUUUCAUUGAAAAUACUGUGUUUGCUUUUCCUCAGGUUCUAAACCUUUACUUUGAGAUUUAGAUCACUCUUCAGUCUGACAGAAAUGGAAGUUUUGUGGAAAAUAAGUGUUUAAAAUUGUAAUAUGCUGUUUGAUUUAACAUAUAACCAAGGAACAAGCCAGAUUUCACUGUGAAAGUUAUUUACAUGGUUAACAACCUUUGUUUCUUUAUGUCUUUUUUUCUUAUUAAUAGUAUUGAAUGUCUUUAAUACUGUUGUCUGAGCUAGGGUCUUAUAAGCUUUCAAUUUACCUUCAAACCUCAACAGAUUAAUUGAAUUUUUCUUCCAUUAAAGAGUGUGAUCCAAGGAUAGGGCAAAACUGUUAUUAGCAAGAAAGCCUUAUUUUUUUAUAGGCUGGUCUGGAUAAAAGACCUAUGGCUUAAUAUCAAAUACUUAAAAAUUCUUUUAAUAAUGUCUGAUAUUUUGCCUCCCCUGCUCUCCUUUUUAAAGCAUUUUGGCUUUUAAGGUUUGUACUUUAAAGUGCGUGCCUUAGUAUUGCUUAAAAUGGCCCAUGGUUCAAUACCUCUGAUCUAGAGCUAUAGGAAGAAUUAAAAUGCUAGUGACAGUGAGUGGUCUUCUUGCUGUUGUUGCUUCAGCAAGCAUGGGCUUGUCUGUAAUUUGCUGAGAGAAGUUGUAGUUGUAUGAAUGAGUCCCAAACAGGUACUUUACUUGGGGUAGUGUGAAAACUAGGUGUCCUCUUAAUUUGUGUAUUCAAGUCAAAGUUUCUAUUUCAAGUGAUUAUCUGUGUAUCUGUAUUCACCUCGAGACCUAAAAUGUCAAAUAAAAUCCUUGCAGAUCCAUAGCCUUUGCUACUUUUUGUUGAAUUCAUUUCCAUGUGGUAUGAUCCAAGGGGUUGGGGGGAGGCCAUCACCAGAUUCUGGAUGAAAUUUUUAGAGAGUAGUUAUAUCCGUGUUGGCUUUAUUCCUUUGUCCUAAACAUACUGUAAUUCUUUGUGGGUAGUUACAAAUAAAAUAUAAGGGUGGUAGUAUAAUGCAAAGUCUCACAAAAUGGGAGGAGGGGACUUCACUAGGAGAAAAUAUCUCUAAAAAUAGCAAUUUUGUUAAAUUCUUACCAUUCAGGGAUGAGUCUUGCAUGAAAUUAAGGAAUUAGACAGGUAAGCAUUUUGGUACCCUUGGGGAGAACUAAUUGUGUGACAAUCUUAGUCUAGUACCUUUAAAGGAGAGGGAGCUUAUUGAUUAUCUACCAAAUUCUUUAGGUUGAAAGUUAUGCUCACCUUAUUUUGGGGUUUCCAUGUAAUAAUCAGGGUUCAAUUACUUUUA